GUUUUGAUGAUGAUAAUAAUAAUUUUGAUAAUUUAUUUUGUUUAUUUCUUUCUUCUUAGGUUUCACUAAAUAUCCCUAAAAGCACUUUGCAAGGAAUAACUAAGGAGUUACAUAUUUAUCCCAAUGUACAAACGAACUCAUUUUGUGCAGUAAAAGGGUAGAAGGUAGUUUGUAGGACAGGGGUCCAGUUUGACGAGUUUUUUUAUCUUCAAAAGGAUGGAUUUGUUAGUAGGAUUUCGAAAACACUUAAUACUUUUCUUGUGUUUCUAUUCUAUUGUUUUGCAAUGUUUCUCUCAGGUAAUACCCAGGGCUGGUAGUAGUCCAAAAACCAUUGAAAACGAACAAAAUAAUAGUAAUGGUUGUUUAAAAAGUACUCUUUUUAAUGCUGUGUCAACAAAGGAGAGACGGUCUAUAAACAAUGAAGCUAAGACGUCUAAUAAACCAACGUCUCAGUAUGUUGUUUAUUUUAAAGAAAUAAAUUUCGAUCAGCUGACACAAAACGUUUAUUCAUCUUUUCGACAAAACGGUUUCAUUUUUUUACGUCAAGUGACAAACAAUGCUCUACUUGCAAAUAUUAUGCCCAUAACGCAGCUUCUGCGUUUGUAAAGUUAAUAAAGGAAUAUAAUUCAGGAAUCCCUUUUUAUUUAUUUGAUUGCAGCGUUAACUCUUGGUAUUGUCAACAAGAAUUGGGCAUUUAUGCGUAUCCUACAUUAGCCUACUUUCACAAUAUGGGUGAUUUUACCUUUUUCAAUAGUCAUACCCCGUUUGAGGUCCUCAAAAAAUUUACAGAAACAAUUCGCCCUUUAAAUAAUUUGGAUGGACAACCUCAUAUUGAGGACGUUGUUAGAUUAGGAGAGCUGGAAUCUCUGGAAAGCCAAUACGAUGUUUUUUUCUUAUACUUACAUGAUUAUGGAUCAACAUCUGAAGAUUUUGACUAUCUACGAAUGUUCUCUCGUUCUUUGGCCGGCUAUGCUCCCAUCUUUCGAUCAGACGACCAAAAUUUGGUUAAGCAUUACAAUAUUACUCGACUUCCUCACUUAUUGGCCGUCCGAAAUGGGAUUCCUUUUUCUUAUCCAGCAAAGGACGUCUCUUCGAUGCGCAAUACCAUCCGUAUGUGCUCAUGGGCCGCCAAACACAAAUAUGCUCUUGUCCCAGAGCUAACACCCCAAUUAGCAAGAUCAUUAGAUGAUGAUUCAUAUCUGGCUAUCGCCUUAAUAAAUCCCGCUUCGCAUGAUGUCGAAUCCAACGAUUUGCAUAAUGUUCAAUCUAUCGCAAAACAGUGGGUACAAGACUUGCGGUCUAUAGAAAGAAGCCAAUUACUUCAAGCUCGUAAAGAAUGGUGGGACUAUGUCAAACGCUUAAAAGCGAAAGGUUACCGAGAUGUUGCUUUUCGUGCCUCUGACCAUCCUUUACCCCUACCCAAGAAUAGAAAGAUAACAUUUGUCUGGCUGAAUGCCUUUCACUGGAAAUCAUGGCUUACUGAUGUAUUUUCCAUCAAAUCUGUACCCCAAUCACGAUUCCUUUUUGUUCAUCCUUCAGGAUUAAAUUAUUGGGAUGACUCGGAAGAUGGUACACCACUUACAUUAGACCAUUCUUCGCAUAUUGUGCAUACAGCUUUAAAUAUUGCAACUGUUGAGGGAAGACCUUCUCAUUACAAGUUAACAGUUAGCCGCGAAUACUUUUGGCUAAUGCAAAUCAAAGAGUUCUUAGGCCUUUAUCAGAUAUAUCUUUGGAUUCUCACCGUCUGUUUUAUCCUUGUAUUUUACUGGCCUUCCAUUAAACAUCUUUUGCGUCGCGCCAACGGAUCAGUCAUCAAACAGUUGAAGCGACGUUCGCUAAAAAAUUUCAGGAAACGCGUUUGAAAUAAUACCCUGACAUAUAGAUGUUACUGUUAGGCGUCUACGUGUCUGCUUCUCAAGAAUUUCUUCAACUUCGUUUGGUUUAUUUUAAUCGAGUGGACGUCUACCGUAGGUUUUCCUAAUGUAUAUUAUAUAAAAUUCUUAGUCGCUCUUUUUUUAUAAAAAAAAUCUUAAAAUUUUUUUUAGUUUA